AUGGCCAUAGAAUGGAGUGCUGCUUACUGNGUAGGUAAAUAUAAUUUUUAGAUAUUUUUACAAAAGUACCUUAGUUAAUUUGGACCCAGUUAUUUUUGUGAUUGUAAUACCGACAGUGAGUUAACUUAGGGUUCAGCUGAUAACUGAGGUUUAGUUAAAUUAGUAAACCGAUAAUUAUAAUACGGACUCUAACUAGAACUAAAACUAGUAAUUAGUAAAAUAAUAAAAUAAUAAAUUUUUAAACAAGUGAAAUUCGAAAAUUAUAAUUUAGUAUAGUUAUUUCGUUUUGUUUAGAAUCAAAGAUAAAGAUUAUUUUCUUAAACGUGUUCGAUAAAAGUAACUAUAAUUUUCGUUUUUCAGGAGUUGUUGAUGUGAGUGAAGCGUCGGCUCAAUUCACAACCGACACUAUUGGCCGUUGUGCUUUUGGAAUGGACUGCAAUACAUUAUCGAAUCCAGAUUCAGAAUUUCGACGCGCCGGACGAGAUAUUUUUAUACCAACACGUAGAUCAGCAAUAUUAAAUUUCAUCAGACUAGUUGAUUUCGGUUGGCUUCUCGAUGUAUUUAGGGUGCGUGGAAUGCCCGAUCAUAUUUAUCAAUUCUUCGAUAAUGUACUUGAAACUACUAUGGAACAACAUAAAACUGGACAACAUAAUCGUAACGAUUUUAUUUCACUUUUGGUGAAAUUAAAAAACGAAGACCAUGUAAACAAGGACGGAACAAGUAAAUAUCUCAUAGAUCGGAAUUUUAAAAUUUGUACACAAUUCAGAUAAAUUUUAAUCAAUGACAAUUAGAUAAAAAUGUAGAUAUAAUUAUUGUUCUCGAACCUAAAAUUGUGUAUUAAUUAAUUAAACGAACAUAGUUUUAGUUUAGCAUUAUAGAUAUUCGUUUGAUUUUAUUUUUUUUUUUCAAAAUAUGUGUGUAAUUUGCGUGUAUCUUAAAAAUGUAAAAAAGCCGGACAAACUUCAUUUAGAGGAAAACUUCAAAAAUGUUCGUUUUGAAUUGAUACACAUCUAUGAAAUACUAGGCAAUUUUGGACUACUCCGUCACCGCCUCCUUUACAAGCAUCAUUUUAUUAGAAUUGAGUAAUAAAAAAAGAUUAAUAAUGUUUAUUUAAUCUAUAAGUAUAAUCAGAAGUCCCUACUAUGCUUAUUUUAAAAGAUUUUUUUCAUAAAGUAAGCUUAAUAAAUGUCGAACAUUCGAAUCAUUGAGCGGAGCCGAUAUCGUAAUCAGCUGUCCCCAGAUUUCACAUCCCUGUAUCUUCUUUAAUAAUGAUUUUUAAAAAACUUCUGAUUGUACCAAUGGUUAAAGCAAUAAAAAUUACAAAUUUCGGAGAAAAAAAAUAUUUGGAAAUAUUAAAUUUUAACUAAGAAAUAUGCGUAACGGAAAUCGAAUUUUUUUAAAGUUUUCUUCCGGUAAUUUCAACCAAAGUUCGUCCAUUUUUUUUAAACUUUUUAAUAUACACAUAAAACACACUUUUUGAAGAAAAAAAUUUACACAAAACUAGAAUAUCGUUUCGUUGAAUCUAUUGAAUUAUAUCCCAUAUGUAUCAUAUGAUAGAUAUGAUAUGUAUAGUAAUUGAAUAGUAAAAUUAAGUUUUUGAUACCAAGAGAGAAGGGAUUAAUGUAAUCGUUGCCUUUUUUUUAUUUUUUUAUACAUUUCUUAUAUUUUUUUUUGGAUUCUGAGUGUAGCGAAAUAUGUAUUGGUUUUACUAGGAUGUUUGAUUUUUCUUUUAUUUUUAUACUUUUAUCAUGUGUACAAAAAUUCGACCAGAAAUCUCGCCGAGAUUUAUACAGGUGGCAUCAGUUCUGAAAGGUAAUGUUGUUCAGAUAUUGCUUUUGGAAGAUCAUAUUUUUAUUUCCAAGUGGUUUUCAUAAUACCUGGGAAAAACCAGGGUAAAACGUGAGAAAAACGAAAAAUUUACGAAAUUAAAACUAUUAUUUUUCAAUGUUGUUAUUUGUUCUAAUUAAAUUAAAAAUAUUCGUAAAUAAUCGAAAUUCAAUAAUAGAAAACUUAUAUAUGCUUUUUUUAGACAUGGUAAAAAUUUCAAAAAUUUAAGCCAUUUUUUAGCUAUUUAUAGACCUUUUAAUUUUGCUAGUUUUGUACUUAUUUAUUUUUUUGGAGAUAUUCUAUAGAAAAAUUGUANAUCUGUUUCAUUAUGAAGUGAUUUCUCUUAAUUACAUAAUUCUUCAUAAGAAAAAAUUUAAUUCUAAUACAAACCUAAAUUAAAAAUUGUUGCUUGACUUAAACGUUUUACGAUAAAUUAUUUUCAACACAGAUAUCCAAAGUCAUUUUAGAAAAAUCUGAAAAAUUGAGAUAAUAGAGAUAACAUUUACAAUGUGUUGAGCCUAAAUAUAUAGGGCCGUCUUUAACCUUUUUGAGGCUCGGGGCAGUGAUAUAUUGAGGUCCCUACGACUUGGAAAGAGUAUUAUUUUAUUAAACCAAGUAAAUAGGGUGGUGGUAGAUAAGAAAACUAUUUUGUACUUUUGAAAAAAGUAUAAAUAAAUAAUCGCUUUCCAGCGAAAAAAAUUCGAUAAUUAUUAUAAUGAUAGGUACCUAUUAAAUAAUAUGUUCAUAACAAACGUAUAAAUGUAUAAUAACGUAUAGUAUUAACAUUUUUUCUACAAUCUAUGCUGCAUGCACAAUCCAUCCAGUUAUAGAACCCUCUAAUUAUAAUAAUUUCGAUUGAAAACAACGAAUUUGGGGAAAAUCUGAUUUCGAUAUUUUGUACCUAAUUAUGUGCCCUAGAAUUCUUAAAUAACUAAAAUAGAAAGCGACCUCGAAAUUGUUUUCAGGGAAUACCUAUGUAUACAAUUUCUUAAAUUAUGUUCUAUUGAUUGAUGUUUUUAAUACCUCUAAAGAUACCUAAAAUCUUAACUGGUGACCUAUUUGAUUUAGGUGCAGUCAUAAAAAAGUAGUUAAAUAUUAUUUUUAAAUAUUUAACAAUAAAUUUUGUUUUUCAGGAGUUGUUGAUGUGAGUGAAGCGUCGGCUCAAUUCACAACCGACACUAUUGGCCGUUGUGCUUUUGGAAUGGACUGCAAUACAUUAUCGAAUCCAGAUUCAGAAUUUCGACGCGCCGGACGAGAUAUUUUUAUACCAACACGUAGAUCAGCAAUAUUAAAUUUCAUCAGACUAGUUGAUUUCGGUUGGCUUCUCGAUGUAUUUAGGGUGCGUGGAAUGCCCGAUCAUAUUUAUCAAUUCUUCGAUAAUGUACUUGAAACUACUAUGGAACAACAUAAAACUGGACAACAUAGUCGUAACGAUUUUAUUUCACUUUUGGUGAAAUUAAAAAACGAAGACCAUGUAAACAACGACGGAACAAGUAAAUAUCUCAUAGAUAGGAAUUUUAAAAUUUGUACACAAUUCAGUUUACGGUAAGUAUUUUGGAACAGUGAACUGAUAUUUUAUUCGCCGGUUGUCAGCAUAGCUUAUGGUUGUGUACAGCAUUCGAUUACAAUUAAUUUUAAUUAAGAUAUAUGCGUAACGGAAAUCGAAUAUUUAAAAGUUUUCUUCCGGGAACUUCAACCAAAGUUCGUCCAUUAUUUUUAAAAAAUUUUUAAUAUACAAGUAUUUUAAUGUGUACAUUAAAACUGAAAUAGUGAAAUUAAAUCUUUGAAACUAAGAACGAAGUGCUCAGUUCAAUCGUUGAUUUUUAUAAAUUUCUCAUGUAAUUUUUAGAUUCUGAAUGUAGCCAAGUAUGUAUUGGUCUUACUAGGAUGUUUGAAUUUUUUUUUUAUAUUUUUAUCAUGUGUACAACAAUUCUAUAGAAAUAUCGUUAAGGUAUCCUCGUGAAGCAUUUGGAAAAUCAUUUUCUGACAUCACAUUUUAAAAAUUAGGGCAACAUUUUUGGUAGAAGAAUUGUUUACAGAGAGAUACAAAUGAUACCAAAUGCACACAUCAUAAUAUAGUAAAACUAAUAUAUUUUUCGCUAUAUUUAGAAUUUUGAAAUGUUCAUUGCAAAAAAAAAGUCUUGUACAAGAAACGACAAAGGAAACGACGAUUACAUAAUUUUUUAAAUACGACAUAACCUUUAUAAUUGUUUUAAAGACCGUAUUGAGUAAUUUACCUACUACAAAGAAUUAAUAUUGCACUGUUGACUAUACGUGUUAUGACGUUUAUAGUAUUCAUUUUACUACUUAUACUACAUUGUGUAUUAUUCGGACAUUGUUCGACAGUUGCGUAAUAAUACCGUUAUGAUUAUUUUUUCAUGAUGACAUCGAUAUUAUAAUACAGUGCUCUAAUCUUCAACACUGUGUAUUGCUCCAUUUCCAUCAAUCGAAUGGUACAAAUAUUGAUAUACCUAUACCUGUAUAGAUUAUCACAAUGGAUCUUUUGGAAGAUCAUAUUGUUAUUUUCCAAGUGGUUUUCAUUAUACCUGGGAAAAACCAGGACAAAACGUGAGAAAAACGAAAAAUUUACGAAAAUAAAACUAUUAUUUUUUAAUGUUUUUAUUUGUUCUAAUGAAAUUAAAAAUAUUCGUAAAUAAUCGAAAUUCAAUAAUAGAAAACUUAUAUUUGCUUUUUUUAGACAUGGUAAAAAUUUCAAAAAAUUUAAGCCAUUUUUUAGCUAUUUAUUUUUUAGACAUUUUAAUUUUGCUAGUUUUGUACUUAUUUAUUUUUUUGGAGAUAUUCUAUAGAAAAAUUGUGAAAAUUGAACUGAAAUGCUAAAGAAUUUAACGGAAUGUUCUUUAAUCAUCUUACUUUGUAGUCAAAACAAAAGUUGAGUUAAACGUAGCAUUUNAUUUUCCAAGUGGUUUUCAUAAUACCUGGGAAAAACCAGGGUGAAACGUAAAAAAGUGUACCAAAUCUAAUUUUUCAAUUUUUUAUUUUUAAAUAUGUGUAUAUUGCCGAUUUAGAAACAACGGUGAAGUUAGAAUUAACAUGACUCACUAAAUUUUGAAAGUAAUGCUUUUUGAAGUUAUGUAUGUUAUGUUAAACAACUCUGUAUUGUCUCUCUUAAAGUAUAUUUGUUGUGAUCUAAUGGUUUUUUAUGUCUAUUACCAGUCUAGAAAGUUUCGAGUUCAAACCAGUGUGCCGUAAAAUAUAGUUUUCAUUUUUUCCCUUUUUCCUAAACAAGUAAAAAACACAUUCAUAUUGAGUGAAUAACCGAAAAAAAAACUGACUAAAAACUGGAAAAUGUACAAAAUGGAGAUAUAAGUUGAAAAUUUGUCGGUCUUCUUUUUUCCAGGGGACAUCUUUUCUACCAGUAAAUUUGCUCUGAUUUACAAUAAUAGCACUUUUUGUGAAAUUAAAUCUGACUGGCAAAGUACUUUAAGGAGGUCACCUUUCGAUUUUCCGAAUAGAAUUCCCAGUAAAUGUUAAAAACCGAAAGAAAAUAUGGGAAAAAUGGGAAAAUCGGUAAUAUUUUAAACAAAUAUUAUUAAACAAAACAUAUAAUGCCUAUAACAGUGGCUGCACCCGUCUCCAAUAUUCUAGGACGUUAUUGUUUUUUAUAACUUUUAACAAUUGUCUCUAAUUUUGCAGAAUUAUUUACCGACAUGAUAUUAGCUGCAAAUUCGUUUGUAUUCUUUGUUGCUGNACGAUAUACACAGUUAUUGUUGACAAAACAUCACUAUCAACUGAACUGUGCUCAGAAUCAAUUUUUCGUUAUCAAUUGUUUAUCGCUGCUUACAGAUAAACAUUAAAUUACCAAUAACAGUGGCUGCACCCGUCUCCAAUAUUCUAGGACGUUAUUUUUUUUUUAUAACUUUUAACAAUUGUCUCUAAUUUUUCAGAAUUAUUUACUGACGAGAUAUUAGCUGCAAAUUCGUUUGUAUUCUUUGUUGCUGGUUUCGAAACUACAGCUUCAACUAUAAGUUAUUGUCUUUAUCAGUUAGCCAUUAAUCCAGAAAUUCAAGUAUAAUUACGAGAAAUAAUCGAACCAAAUCAUGUUGAAAACGAAGGAAAACUCUCUUACGAAAUGUUAAAAGAAACAAAAUACUUGGAUAUGGUGAUAAAUGGUCAGUGCAACUUUAUUAAAUAUNCAUACGUAAUACAAUUUUGUUUAAAAUAUUAUAUUUUUAUUUGUUAUAAACUAACAUAGAAACGUUUAGAAUGCAUCCACCGGUUGCUCUUAUAAAACGGGUUUGUACUAAAAAGUACUCAAUACCGGAUAGUGACAUCACUUUGAACAUCGGCGAGAAGUUGUUGAUACCCACAUAUUAAUUACACUACGAUCCAAAGUAUUAUCUGAAUCCAGAAAUGUUUGAUCCUGAACGAUUUACUGACGAGAACAAAGCUUCAAGGCCACACGGCACAUUUCUUCCGUUCG